GUCGAGGCUAUCGGCAAAUGUUUGUUAUUGUGUUAUUGUGAUGGUGAGCUGCUGUUUGACAUCCUACGUUACGGUCGUUGUGGUGCUGUCGUACUGUACUGACAGCUGACGGUACCACACGUGCGUUGUGGCAAGUUCACCACAACGUUCACUCGGUGUUCCCGACCGUUUAAUUGCAAAUAUAAAGCAUAAAUAUUAGAGCAAUAUUAGUUGUGAACACAUGCUUAUGUAACUUUUUUUUUUUCAACACCCAUUCACGUGUUCGCCAUGCCCGCAGUGUGCAUAGUGACUACGUGCCCGAACAGACGAGUGAAGAAUCAGCCGCCCGGGCUAACUUUCCACAGUGUACCCAAUGACGAACCUCGGAGAUCUUUGUGGCUGGAACUCGCUGGACAGCAAAAUGGAGGCGAGAAUCUGCCCAAGACCCCGCGCUUUUGUCAGGAACACUUCCCCCCCAAUGCGUACCGUAUGGCCAUCAUGGGACCAGUGAGCAAAAAACUUUGUGAUGAUGUAGUGCCAUCGUUACGACUUCCGAAGGAUGUCGUUGAUGCACCAUCGAAACGUCUUGCUACUUCAGGCACCGUCCCUCAGCUCGGAUCGCAGGAGCCCGAGGAGUCCGCAAACCCAAGGCCGUGCAUGCCGACACACGUAUCCAGCCUGCUGGGCAGGCAUAGGCCGCUGCUCCCCAGGGAAAAGCAACAUUUGGGCCUCACAGUGUCUGUAGGCACACAGACAGACAUGACUGUGAGAAUCCUGCAGGAGCGCGGCUCUCAGACGGAUCCCUGGAAACCAUCAGCUGGGAGAGGUGCUGUGAUCAGCCCAAGGUGUGUGACGUCACUCACGCCAGCCCCUAGCCCCGUCCAGAGUGAAGAUGAGGACUCAGGCGACCGCUGCCUCGUAUCAAAGGAAGGGACUAAAAGCAAUGAGUACGACUCAUGCCAGCCACGUACAUCGAACGAAGAAAGAAAAUUCCUGGUGUCCGAAAGCUGCCUGCUCCAGUUAUUUCGAACGUGCCCGCGAUGCUCCUCCACUUGCACAAGUGAGGUCGCUACUCAAGGCGCCAUGAUCUCUGUGACCAGCCACUGCUGCCACGGACACGUGCAAACCUGGGAAAGUCAGUCCGCAGUCUGAGACCCCACCCAUUCAGGUGCUGUGUAGCCUACAUUGAUUAGUUGACUGGCACAUGAUCUGGCCCUUGUGCCAAAGCAGAGCUACAACCAGCAUCCACCAGGUGCAAAGGGCAAGCACAUGCUUACCGACGCGGAGAUGCGGCACCUACUCCGAGCCAGUGACCUGGCGUAAAAUGUUUGAAUGGCUCGUGUCUAUAUCAGGGUCCCUUGCAAUUUGUUUCAUUUUACAUGGCCCAGGAGACCUUGCUUGAUGCCUGGGGUUUGAAUUGAAACUCUGUCUGGGAACGUUUACUUGUAAGGAAGACACUGUGAAAGGUAACCCGACCUUAAUCGAAACUCUAUCUCAGGGAAAAUUAUCUUAUUGCUCCGAAGGAACUGUAGAGUGCUGAGGUGGUGCUUAGCAGUGCGGCAAGCACAUUCUGGCUUGCAGGGUAGGGCCGUGGAAUGGAGAGACCCACAGCACCAUCAGAAAUUGCCAAUAUUUCUCAGUGCUUACUAUUUUGAGAAUACCAGCGGCUUUACCCAGAGAGUACUGCUUACUCGAGCAUGCAGGAUGUCCUGCUAUGAGCAACUCACGACUUGUGUGACAUGUGGCACUAUAUGAACGUGAAAGAAUACUCAACCCUUCUAGAGAAAUGUGUACAACUUUUA